GGAGGUCGGGCCGAAGAUGGCGGCGGGAGCGGUUUGUUGGAAGCGUCUCGGCUUUUACUCGCUGUUGGCCGGCUAUUUCUUCCGCUGGUGCGCGGUGGCAGCCGAGAAGGUGGCGUCGGUGGAUGUUUUCCUGAUGGAUUCUCGAACGGGUUGGUCCGCGGAGUUCGGCUUCAAGUCGGGCAGCAGCUAUCGCCUGCAGGGCACCGUGUUGGCGCUUGGUAGCGGGUCUGACAGUCCCGGCCAAGGUAACCAGGGGCUGCGCGCCUUUCCAAAACAUAACCAGGACAGCUUAGAAGGAAGCUUAAUAUUAGUUAAAGAUGAACAGUUGGACAUCCAGCCAGACACUGGAGAGAAAUGGAUUGGUGUUGUACCUGUUGAUGAAGAGCAAGUUGAAGGAAAAGGGAACAACAAGCAGGAAUCAUUUGCUGCAGCUGUUGUUAGUAAGAUGAAAAGAGCACUGGUUCUGGGAGCUUCUGCCUUUUUGAUUCUGGUUUUAAAUCAGAAUGCCUUCACUGAGAUGGACAUUUCUCAAGUGCUUUCAAAACCUGUCGUCAUAAUGCAGAGCUCUGAAAAUGUAACCAAGCUUCUGGGAGCCCUAUUAAGUGGUCUUCGUGCAUCGGCCAAAAUAACCUUUAAAAGCAUAAUUCAAGACAAUCUGGGAGUAACAUUAACACUAUGGUCAACCUGUGGACGUUCACGAGGUGGUCUGUACGGAGAAUGGCAAGGUGUGAUUUGUACAGGAGAGAACAGCUCACAAGUUCAGAAAUAUCUGCAGCAGUUGUGGAACACUAUUCUAUUAGUUGGUUUAAUCUUAUGUACUGGAGUCAUUGUGCAGGCUCAGUGGCAAUAUAGACACCAUGAACCAAGUACGGAAGAGAUGGAGAUGGGUUUGAAGCAACAAAUCCUAAAGCAAUUGUCAGCGCUGAAGACCCGAAAGUAUUAUCCAAAUAAAAGAUGGAAAACACAGUUGCAAGAACUUGAGAGCUGUGCAGUGUGUUUGGAAGAGUUCCAUAAAAAUCAGUGUCUACGAGUGCUGCCAUGUCUACACGAGUUUCACAGGGAUUGUGUUGAUCCCUGGCUCCUACUUCAACAGACAUGCCCACUAUGUAAACGGCAUGUCCUAGGUGAUCUGUGUGAGAACAGCUGAAUGUAUUCUCUCGUGGAUGGAAAACAGGAGACUUCUGCGGCCCGAUUUUAUGUACACCUUGAAACUUUUUAUAUUGCACUUUAUUCGUUACAUUCUGAAUAACCAGUUCAAUUUGUGGUAAUCAAGUGAACAUUGACUAUAACAUCCACAAUAAGAUAUAUCCUGUUACUGUGUUGGAAUGUUUGGUUUAUUGACUCUCACAAACAAGAUGUGAAGUAUACCACAUAUAGAUCUGUGAUGCAACGGUCACUUGUUUCUGGAAUGCUCAUGUAUAAUGAGACAAUUAGAUGGACUAUUCAAGUUAGUGGUUAAGCCUUGAAGGUUAGCCAUUUUCUUCAUUAUGUUCAUGCUGCAAUAACAGUUCUUUUCCCCUUUUUUAUUUAUUGAUUAUAUUUAUUCUCCUGAAAUUUUACAUAUGCCUAUUGUGAAAAUGCUGGUAGUUAUUUUGUCUUUAUUAACACUUCCAACUUAUAAAUCAGAGGAGAGAUGCAAAGUCUUUGUUUCUUCACAGUUGAAUUGUAUUUGGGCAUUAAAAUCUUUUCAAGUUUUUGGCAAACUGUACUGUGCUUGGGAAUCAGUUCAUGGUUUGGCUGCUGUAUAUUCUGAACAGUUGAGUCUAAAUGAACCAAUUUAUUAUCUCUGAGUAUCUAUUGCCAUUUGGAUUCUUGUGAAAAUUAUUGAGAAGGUUAUAAAUCUUAGCAACCCCAGAAACUUUUCCACUUAAUCAGAAAAGCCUUUUUAGCUCUGAUUUUCCUCUCUCAUAUUUGGAACUAAUAAGCAUCUGAUCAUGUUCCAUCAGUGUGUUUUAACAUUAUUGAUAUGAGAAUUGGCUGCAUCACUAUUGGCAAAUGCAGGCAAUAGUCUCCCUGUAGUUUUUCCAACAAUUAAGGAGGUGAUAUUUGAGGUUUUAGAAUGAUCUGCAUCUCCCUAAAUGUUUCCCAGAAGGGUUUAAACUGUCAUUAUUUAGUGCUGAUUUGGAUGCACCGGUGGUAGACUGGGGUGUACAAAGUUUAAAAAAAUCACACAACACCAGGUUAUAGUCGAACAGGUUUAUUUGGAAGCACUAGCUUUCAACCAUCAGGUGGGUGAUGAAGGAGCAGUGUUAUGUGAUUUUUAACAUUAUUUAGUGUAUAUGUUUUGACCAGAAAUUAUUAAUAAUCCAAUUAUUAAAGUCUGCAUUUUGCAUUAUAACAUGUCCUUCCAUUGUGAGGAGAAGCUUUGAACAAGAUGACAGUAGUAACAAAAUACUAGAACUUUUUGCUUAUUCCAUGAAAAUACUUGAAUUUAGAAAUGUUCCAACGCCUUGGAGUGCUAUCUCCCAGUGUGUUGCAAAUUGUUGUUCUUGCCUUUCUAUUCCUUAAUUCUAGCAAUACACAUCUUUUGAACUCUCGAUGUUUUCAAUAUUUUGAACAUUAGAUUUAUAACAGAUCAGGAAGAGUACUUUGUUUUGGGGUAGUUCCAAACAUUCUGGCACAAGAUCAGAGGAGAUUAUCUGGACUAACUCAUAAUAUUCAUAUGCCAGAGUAAUUUAAGUUGUUUACAUGAUUUUUUAAAUGAAACUGAGAACAUUGACAGAUUGUGGUUUAAGUGUUUAAAAUGCCAAUAGACAUGAUUAAUGUGGGUAGAAGAUAUGAAAAUAGAAUUACCAUGUGAAUUGAUACUAGAAAGUUUGCUAUCCACAGAAGAACAGUAAAAGUCUAACAAAAACAUUAAUCAUUUGAGUUUCUGUUGAUAAUUCUAUAAAACUAAAAGGAUAAAGAUCAAUGCAAAUGAUUAGUGCUAACACUUAAGGUGAAGCUAUUUACUCUAUUCCUAUUUGAUUAU